AUGCAGCUUGAAGGCAAUAAGGCUGUGCGCCUCCUGAAGUUGCAGCUCCUCAACUUGCAGCUCAGUGUUAGCCCACUUCGAUAUCGCCAGCCCUCCCUCGUCACCUGCGAUGGAAAACCCAUCGCCUUUUCCUCCCAGGCCCUCAACCCCACUGAACAAAGGUAUUCUGUGGGCAAGCGUGUCAAUGGAGGCUCCCAUUCCCUGUACUCCAGUGUGGGGGAUGAUGUCAGUCUGCCGUGGAAGAUCCAAAAUGAAGGAAACGAGGGCAGUGAGAGACUGGGAGUAGGGUCUGACUGCUCCCUACGUGUUCGUAACAUUGGCGCUGAUGAUACUGGAGUCUAUGUCUGCCGACAGUACCUUACAGAUGGCAGAGCACAUCUUGGAGAGGAUACUACUGUCUACCUGUCUGUUCUCACCAUCUCCAUGUCCACACCAGAGACAGAUCAAAAGCAUCCUACAAAUGUAACCUUGAGGUGCUCUCUGCUAACAUAUGGCGGUCCUGUAACGUGUGACUCCUUCGUUAGAGAUAUCGUUAGUGUGAGCUGGGUGAAUGAGACAGGUGGCGAGUUGCAGGGAGACUCCAGAUACCAGGUCACACGGGUGUCUGGCUGUGACAUCACUCUGACUGUGAAACUUUGGAGAAAGGAUAAGAACAGGAAGUGGUGGUGUCAGCUGACUGAGGGAACAAGGAAGACAUUUGUCUACCUCACUUCUAAGGUCUCAGGUACCAACAACAUCAAUGAGUUGCCAAUCAGUCGCAUAGUGCUCUGUGUGGCACUGCCCUUGAUGGUAAUCGUAUAUGCAGUUUACACAACUAGGAGGAACCGCCCACUAGCAGAGGUGUCCUCUGGUAUAGAGCUGUAA